AUGGGAUUGAGUAGACUCACCAGCAAUAAAGAUUACAAAGAUUUUGAUCAUCCAGGAGACAGAGUACUCUUAGUUUUAUUAGGAAAAUAAUCCUAUCAUUUUGGAACCUACGAUGUAAUUACUAAAUCAAAUAAUGUCGCUGGAGAUAUUCCUUAUCAAGUUGACUCUGAAAGCGAAUGGACAUACAUUUAUUUCAGUUUUAAGAGAAUUUCAUAAACCUAAGGACAUGCCAUGGCCUUCACUUAUUACAAAGACACUACAUCAGGCAUUCAAAUGGAUGUGAUGCACUCAUUAUUAAAUGACUAUUUGUAAUUGACUGUUGGUAAUGCAGGCAAAUAUUAUACAAAUUUCAAUGGACAAAUUACUACAAUCAGAUUCAAUCUUGGUCCAGGUGCCUAUAUCGAUACCAAAUAGGGUUUACUCUAAAGAAUCAAGAAUAAGGAUGUUAUGCCUGAUAUAUUGGGUCCCACCAAAAAGUAUGAGGUUUUGAUUGGAAAACACGAUGUUACCAAGAUAGAAGAGGAUUAACAUAUUACACACAUAAAUGAAGAGGCCAGAGAAUAUGGAAUCUAAUUAUGGUUCAGGUGGUUCAAAUCACCAAUUAAGACUCAAUAGUUGAUUUAUAGAUUCACUUCUUCAAAUCCCGAUUCUUUGGGUGAUGCAUAAAAAAUAGGAGAUAGAACCUUGGCUCUAUUCCAUACUGAUGGCAUAGAAUUCAGUACUUAUAACUUAAAUCCUCUAUCUUUGUAGAACACAUAUGAAGCUAAAAUCCCAUCAUAAUAAUUGGAAGUUUGGACAUUUGUAUAUUUUGGUUAUUCCAAACAUCAUUAGAAAGUUAGUUACUAUUUAUUGGCUGAUGAUGAUGAACACAAAGGAUUAGAAUAAGCUUUACAUGUUGUCUCUAAUAAUUACUGGUUAUUCUUAGUAAAGGAUGCAAUGACAAAACCAUUCGAUAGUAGAUUGGCUCAAGUUAUUUUGAAUAUUGGAGAUGGCAGUUACAGAGAAGAUAACUUCAACACUCUUUAAGUCUAUUUGGCAGCUCCUAAAUUGUUUAGUACUGAUAGUAAAUUUGAUUGGGAAGCUGAUGAUACUAUAACAUUAGUUUCAGGUGAUCCAGACAAAUAAGGGUUGAAGAUUACAUUCUCUGAACCUGAUAGAAAUAUAGAGAGUGUUUAGGAAUAUUCAGUUGGUCUAUGGACUAGAUUCUUGUAAGCAUGGCCAGAGAGAUAAUGGCAUACUCCAUCUGAAAUGUAGAUCGUAAGAUUAACUUACAAUGAUGAAGUGGAUCAUGGCAAAAUUGCUAUUGGAGAUAGAGUAUUAAAUGCCAUGGUUGUUUUAGAAAAUUAUUAAUUUGGAACUUAUGACUUGAACGAUGAUGCUCCUAAUGAAAUCAGCACUAUUCCUUAUACUCAUUUGGAAGGAAGAUGGCAUUACAUAUAUCUUGGAUAUAAGAGACAAUUGUAACAAGCUAACUACUUUGUAUUUGAUGGAGAUGAAAUUAAACACGCCGCAAAUGAGAAAUUAUUACAUAAACCACUUGGUGAUUUCAUUCAUUUGAUUUUGGGAGGAGAAAAGGAUGUUGCUCCAUUCUAAGGUUUAUUUACUGAAGUAGCUGCUCAUUUUGGAGUUGGAUCAUUCAUAGCAUCAGGUGAAGAUUUGAUGAAAUCAAUUGACACUAGUUUUGCUUUACCUUAAGAAUUAACCGUUGAUUAUAUUCAUAAACAAAAACAUGGUUAACAAUAGUUAAUUGGUGAAAGUGAUAAUAAUGAAGGUAGUGAAAGUACUGGUGAUACUUGGAGUGGAGUAGGAGAAUAUGCUAUUUCUGGUUGGUUUAAGAUUGCAGAAACUUAAGUGAAGAAAGAAGGAGAGAUAAAUUCACCUUGUUAAAUAUUAUUCAGGAUCACUAACAAUGAUAAAGAACAUUUAAGUGAUCGUAAAUCAUAAGGAGAUAGAGCAUUACAUGCUUAAAUAUGUACUAGUGACACUGUUAAAUUGAGUACUUAUACAUUGAAAGGAUUAAAGGAUUGGAAUGAAGCUAAAUUCUUAGAAGAAAAAGUGGAACUUGGUUACUCAAAGAAGGCAUGGGCAUAUUUAUAUAUGGCUUAUAAUGAAAAUGUUGGUGAAGUUCACACUUUAUUACACCUAUUUGAGGAGGAUAAACCAGUUAUUUUCAAAGGAGUUCAACACUUUGUUCCACAUUUCAUAGGAAUCUAUGUGGGCAAGGAUCCUCAUAGUAGAAGAUUCUAAGGAGAGUUGUAGAAAUGGGUUGCUUAAUACGGAUAAGGAGCAUUUGUUGAUGUAAUGAAGAAAGGCUAUGAAGAUACACUACCUAACUUUAGACAUAUUCAAAUUAAUUAAAAAUAUCUCUGGUUUGAAAAAGAAGAUAGAAUUAUUUAAACACCAGAAAAGGUUGAAUAGACAUUCACAUCUGAAACUGAAUCAGUCGAUGAAUAUGCAGUUGGUGUUUGGACUAGAUGGUUAAUAGCAUUCCCUACUACUCUGACUGAUAGAGCAGAUGUCCACACUAUUUUCAGAUUCUCAAGCACACAUCAAUAUUAAGACAAGAGUGAAUUGGGUAAUAGGGUAUUGUCAGCCUUCCUUACAAAAGGAAAUUACGAAUUCAGUACAUAUGAUGCAUCUAAACCUGCCAAUGCAGUUGAUGCUUAAUUGCCUUAUGAAAAUAUUGAAGGUGAAUGGACUUAUGUUUAUGCUGCCUAUAAGAAUAAGAAUUUCUAUGGCAUGGUCUUAUUUAAGGAUCAAUAAAAGGCAGCCCAUCUAAACAUGGAAGUGACUCAUCAAGUGUUAACUGGUUAUGCUCAUUUUGUCUUAGGAGCUAAUGAAUUCGGAUAUAAAGCAUUCCAUGGCUGGUUCUAUGACCCAAGAAUAUUCUUAGGUGCUGGAAGUUACAUCAGUGAAUCCCAAAAGGUUGUAGAGAUGAUCCAUAAAUUACACAGAAAAUUGCCAGUAACACCUUAAUAGGCUGAAGAUUUCAAAUGGCCAGUCUCUUUGUUGGAUACAACCAAUCAGGAUGACCUUGAUUCUAAAAAGGAUUAAUUGAACUUUGAAUUCACAGACAAGGCAGAAAUGUAAUCCUAUAGUAUUGGAUUCUGGUUCCAAAAUGCUAUGUUACUUCCUGAAAUGGAAAAUGAUUUCACUUCUUUAGUUCGCUUAACCACCAAUGGACCUGAUCUUGCAGCAGACGAUAAGUUUAUUGGAGAUAGAACCUUAGCAUUCUUUACAAAGACCGAUAAGUUGAUGGCUAGUACUUAUACAAUUAAGGAUCCAUCAUUUGAACCAUUGUCCCAUACUUUCGACAUUAAAGAGCACCAGUGGACAUUCGUGUACUUUGGAUACGAGAAACCUCACGCCAGAGCCUAUGUACUCAAUCCUAAUGGACCAACUGAGAAGAUUUUCAUUGCUUAACACAUAGUCCCUAAUGCUUUUUACUUAAGAGUUGUAAAUGAUCUUGGCCAUCCAUCUUUUUGGGGUAAAAUCUAUGGAUUAAAGGUCAAUUUCGGUGAAGGUAGCUAUUUUGAGAAUCCAUUGGAAUUAAUUGACAAAUGGCCUUAUGAUCCAAAAAAACAUUCUGACAUUGAUAAAUAAGGAGAUAAAGUCUUAUCUAUUAAUUCUGCCAAGGUCACAAAACAAAAGAGUGAUGAUGCCAAUGAAUGAGCUAUAAACUAAUAGAUCAGUAUUUAUUUUA